GGGACAACACUGAGUCUGAGGGACUUGACUAAUUAGAUAAAUAUAGAAUACGAUAAUAAGUAGAUUUAGAAUCUAGAUAUCUAGACCUACAUUUUCUGGUUUUAUAUAAGACUGUUACAUACGUGUACGUUUGUUAUUGUUUAGUUAAUUAAUCACAAAAUAAAAAUGUCAAGAUUAUAUCCAACACUAGAAGAUAUGAGAGUGGAUCAACUCCAGACUGCUCAGAUCAAUCAUGAAAGGCAAGCCAUUGGAGCUCCACAAGCCCAGUACCCCAAUGUCCCCCCACAGGGUCAGUACCCACCUGCUCCCCUACAGUACCCACAGCAAACAGGCCAGUUACUAUAUCCUUCCCUCACAGAGUACAUGGGGCUUGAGUUCACACCAGAAAUGAUGCAAGUCGUAGCUUCACAGGGAUUACAAGUAGGAGUUCGUCAAACACAGUCAGGACAAACACAGAUUGCACCAAUUACUGGUAACAACUUGGCCUUGGCGAGGUCAGAAAUCAAAUCUGGUAUCAGAGAAGUGGUACUCUGUAAAGAUGGAGAAGGCAAACUAGGAUUACGCAUCAGGCAUGUUAAUAAUGGUCUGUUUGUUGCCUUAGUUCAAGCUGGUUCACCUGCAGCUCUAGCUGGAUUAAGAUUUGGUGACCAGAUCCUACAGAUCAAUGGAAAGACAGUAGCAGGCUGGGAUAAUGACAAGGCACACAACUUCUUGAAGAAAGUGGAUGGCGCCAGAAUCGAUAUGGCUGUUCGAGACAGGCCAUUUGAACGUACAAUUACAAUGCAGAAAGACAGCAACGGCUAUGUUGGAUUUGUGUUUAAAGAUGGUAGAAUUAAAUCUCUAGUGAAAGAAUCUUCAGCAGCUCGCAACGGUGUCCUUACAGAUCAUCAGUUGAUUGAGGUCGGAGGUCAAAAUGUGGUUGGAUUAAAGGACAAAGAAAUUAGUGAGAUCAUUGAUAGCUGUGGCAGAACUCUGACCAUAACUGUCAUGCCAUGUUUUGUCUAUGACCACAUUGUCAAAUGCAUGGGUAACAGCAUUGUGAAAAAGUUGAUGGAUCAUUCUAUCCCUGACCUAUAAAUGUGUGCAGCAUGUAAUUCAAGUACAAAUCCAAGUCAAGGAAUGUUGAAUCUAGACAAUGUCAUCAAAACAAAAAACUCACAACUACUGUCUUUUCAGCAUAAAAAAACUAGUUGGAAAAAAUAUAAAUGAUAAUGAAAUAUUUCUACUGUUUUUACCUAUAUGUAGAAAUCUUUUUCCUUUUAGAGAAUUGUAAUUUAUAAAAUGAGAUGUCAAACUGUAUUAAAACCUAUGAAUGAACCUACAACCACUUUUGUAGUUUUGAGAAUAACUAUGUCAUUGAUGUUGUCUUUAUCUGAUAUGUACAUACAUUUUUUUUUUUACUUUUAAUGUUGUUAUUAAUUAAUUAUUGUAGUCAUUUAUCAAACAGUUUUUCCAUUCUCAACAAAGAUUGAAAUCAAUGUCUAAACAUAUCCAUAAUGUUUGCUACUCAAAAGUCAUUCAUAUUCUAACCCUAUCAAUGAACCAGUUUUCAGUUGAGUACUUUCAUGUCACAAUGUACUUUGAUGUUAAUUGAAUUUUCCAUUGAAAAAAAAAAUCCAUUUGAGAUGAAAUACAACACACAUCCAAAACGUUAACAUGUAACAAACUCUUCCAAUCUUUUUUUUAGAAUGAUGUUUAAUUUAAUCCAAAGAUUGUAUAUUUUGCUGUGUUAAAUUUGUUAAGAAUCUUUGAAAAAAAAAUGUAAAUUUGUAAUAAUUUUUUUUUUUUUUAAUUGCAUGCUAAUUUUGUCAACCAUUGCUGUUUUUGCUUUGUAGUUUUUCUUAACUUUGCACCUGCAAGAGGUCAGCCUCCACUCCUGCAUAUAGAAAGUACACAAAAUAAUGUAGUUUAAAAAAGUGCCACUGCACUUAAUUAAGGGGGAAGGAAUAAAUAGUACAGCUAAAUAUUACUUAACUGUUUUACUUAGCUUUUAAAACAAAAAUAAUCUCAAUGCCACCAUAGUUGUCAUCCACUGAACUAUAAAACAUCAAAUAUAGGCAUCACUAAAGGUGCACAUUCUUGUUCAUUGGUUGAAUUUUAUUUUUUUUAAUUAUUGUUGAAAAAUAUGACUCUUAGGGCAUAAAAUUAAAAACUUUGUAAUUUUAUUUUUAAAAGUUAUAUUUUUCAUUUAAUAGUGAGCAUCAAUGCUAGUUGGUACAAUUUGGGGGGGGGGGGGGCAUUGCUGCCGAAAUAUUUUUUUUGUUUAGUUAGUCUCUUUGCUUACAUAUUUUUAUCUGCUGUCAGAAAAUUGAGUCAGAUGUAAAAGUAAAGCAAAAGGCCCAGCAGAAAGACAAAUUGAGCUUUAAGUCUACAAGGCUUUAUGUCUGCAACAAGAAAAUUGUUGUGUCUCAGUAAAACAAAACAGACAAAGAUUUGAAUUGUGUAUUAUUUAUCCUGACUGACUGUAAAUGUGAUAACAACAGCUAUUUGUGCCAUUUAAAAAAAAAGAAAUACAUAAUAUAUUUUCAAGAAGUGCAUAAAAUAUAUUUAUAAAAAACUGUCACAAAUUUCAUUCUUUCAUGUUUUAGCAUGUUUACAUUGAAAAAAGAACACAUAUAAUUUGAUUUAAUUUGGAUUUCAUUCUAUUUAUCAAAUGUCUAGUGCAUUUAAUUGAAAUUGCCUGAUGGCAAUGGUAUGUUUCAUGAAUAAAUUUUGUUUCAGAAAAGAA